GUCGUAAACAGUGAAAUCCGGAUGGUAAGAAUGAUUUUGGAUGUAAACCUUUUAAACAAACAUAUUAUAAACAAACGUAUUUUAUUAUUAAGCCAUAAAACAUCUUAGAAGCAAAUAAAGUGAAGAGACAAUGGAGAAUAUUCAAAACCUUCCCAUCGACAUUCAGACCAGCAAGCUUCUGGACUGGCUGCUGGAUCGACGACACUGUAAUCUGAAAUGGCAGAGUGCAGUAAAAGGGAUCAGAGAGAAGAUCAAUGCUGCCAUCCAGGACAUGCCAGAGAACGAGGAGAUCAAACAGCUUCUCUCCGGCUCCUACAUUCACUACUUUCACUGCUUGAGGAUAGUGGAGAUACUGAAGGGAACAGAAGCUUCCUCUAAGAACAUUUUCGGCAGAUAUUCAUCUCAGAGGAUGAAGGACUGGCAGGAGAUUGUGUCCCUUUAUGAGGCAGAUAAUGUCUAUUUGGCGGAGGUGGCCAGCUUGCUGAGUCGCAAUGUGAGCUACGAAGGCCCGGCUCUGAGGAAGCAGCUGGCCAAAGCCCAGCAGCUGCAGCAGGAGCUGAGCAGGCGGGAAGUGGAGUGCCAGAGCUCAGCCGCAGAUCUGAGGGAACGAUACUAUGCCGCCUGCAAAAAGUAUGGCAUCACAGGAGAAAAUGUGGCUCGUGAGCUUCAGGCUCUGGUGAAAGACCUGCCAGCGGUUCUUGAGGAAGUUGGGAAGGACUCAGCAAAAUUAGAGGCACAAAUCCGACUUUAUGCUGCUUUCACAAACUUUGUAUGUGAGUGGUCUGAUCCAGUCUUGCCCAUGCUGACACUGGCCCAGAAGAGAGGGAACACAACGUUUUAUGAGUGGAGGACAGGGAAAGUCCCUGCAGUUGUUGACAGGCCAGUCGUGGACGAUGCACCUCCUGAUACAGUCACAGAGGACACGAUCGACUGGGGCAACUUUGGCGAAGGAACAGACAGUGUGGGUGUUAAUGCUGGCAUCACAGUUGAGGAUGAUAUAGACUGGGGUAUCAGUCUGGAGCCAACCUCUGAGGAUGCUGGUGCAGGAGGUAUCGACUGGGGUGACAGUGACGCUGCUCCCAUAGAAAUCGAAGUUGUAGACGUGGGCACAGACUGUCCUGAAGGCGUGGCAAGGGGCGAGGAUGCUUUGACUCUACUGGAGAACUCUCAGUCACGCGGCCAGUUCAUUGAUGAGUUAAUGGAGCUGGAAGUUUUCCUAACCCAGCGCAUCAGUGAGAUGGGAGAUGAGGGAGAUGUGGUUUCCAUGAGCCAGUUCCAGCUGGCCCCUUCUGUCAUCCAAGGCCAGACCCGGGAGCAGACCCGGGAGAUGCUGUCUGAGGUGCAAGACCUUCUGGGCCGGCUCACCUCUCUCCGGAUGCAACACCUCUUUAUGAUCCAGGCCUCACCACGGUAUGUUGAGCGUGUGUCGGAGGUGCUGAGGCAGAAGCUGAAGCAGGCAGAGAUCCUGGUGCUGAAAGGUGUCACAAUGGCAGAGAAAAGGCAGGAAGCCCUGGAGGAGCAGUCCAGACUGGAGCCUCGUGUCGACCUGCUGGCAGGAUGCACCCGGGAACUCCAGAAACUGAUCGAAGCAGACAUUUCGAAGCGAUACCACAACAGGCCUGUCAACCUGAUGGGGGUUAAUAUAUAGUGAGCUUCACAGACACUCACAAAAAAUAUUUUGUCAUGAUCUACAAGGAGAAAUAAAAGGAGUAUUUAAUUAUAAGUCUUUUGUGUUCUUUACAUUUUCUGGAUUUAAAUUUAAACAUUUGAUGUUUUACAGAUCAUUUAAGUUUUUUUUAACAGAACUGUUUUGACAAAUUAAUAAAUGGCUGACGUUGCUGGCCAAAUAUCAAUAUCAUUGAUUUGUUUUCAUGACUUUCAGUAACUUCUAAUACUUACUAGGCCUUUACUUUCCUCGAUUAUUUCUGAUUUAAUUUACUUCAUAUUGGUACUCCACUACCACAUUUCAGAGGGAAAUAUUGCACUUUGUACUCCACUACAUUUAUGUGACAGCUGGAGUUACAUUAAAAACUUAUAAUAAGUAUAAUUUUUUUAAAUACAAUACAAUACAAUACUCUGAGGCCACUUGUCAUGUUUCAGAUGUCUAGGAGUUGUUUUUCCACCAAAUACAUUUUUUUUAAACAGCAACCAGUCCUGACAUCAUACCUGCAUGCUUGCCUUAUCUGCUCUCAUUUGUUUGGCUUCUUGUCUGUGUUCGUCAGACUGUGUCCCAUCUGGUUUUAUCAUCUGUAAUCUAAUUUAUUGUUAGCUUAACAUUGUUUUAUAUUUACUGCCUGCAUUGUACAUGCAUUCUAAGCUUCUUAUCCUAUAGUUCUGUGUCAUAGUUUUACAUGUAUGGUAUUAAUGGCUCAUUUAACAUCUUGCCAAGGAACAUUGCUCUACAGAUUGUCACGCCCCUUGAGGAAAAAUAUUUCAAUGUGAUACUGAGGAUACAAAAAAAAUUUACUUAACUUUUGGCUAAUACUGGCACUUUUGCAGUGAUGUUGAUUAAUGUGCAUUAUAAGGAAAUAAAUCAAAAGAAAAUGCUUUGA